AUGUGUAGAGACGAUGGAAAUCGGCAUACGGCCAGUGGUCGAACCAGUUGCCGAGCCGGAGAUGCGCUGAGCGAGAGCACAAGGAGAACACGUAAAGAUCUUCGUUCGCUUUUCUAUCCACCUGAUGCAAAUCCGAGCCGGUUUAUCAUGGAGAAGCAGGGCAUCCAUUUCAGUUCAUACCUGGGAGUCGUCGCAAACACUCCGUGUACAGAUAAAGAAAGUGAUGUUGAUGCUGCUAGAAAUUAA